UCAUAACCAUUGCAAAACCACAACGAAAUCCCUUCGUUUCAAUCAAAUUUUGUUCGGACCAAUUCAACUGCGAGGUUCAAUUGCUACUCCGCCGGAUUCGUUUCCUGAAUUUUCCCUAAAUUCCUAAUGGCGUCGAGCGCAAACAAGAACAUCAACGCCAAACUGGUACUCCUAGGAGAUGUUGGAGCCGGAAAAUCUAGUCUAGUGUUGCGUUUUGUGAAAGGGCAGUUUGUUGAGUUCCAGGAAUCGACAAUAGGGGCUGCCUUCUUUUCACAAACAGUUGCCGUUAAUGAAGCAACUGUAAAAUUUGAGAUAUGGGAUACGGCUGGUCAGGAGAGAUACCACAGCUUGGCUCCAAUGUAUUACAGAGGGGCUGCUGCAGCCAUCAUUGUCUAUGAUAUCACAAACCAAGCCUCAUUUGACCGAGCCAAAAAAUGGGUUCAAGAGCUUCAAGCACAAGGUAAUCCAAAUAUGGUUAUGGCACUUGCUGGGAAUAAAGCAGAUAUGUUAGAUGGACGAGCGGUGGCACCUGAGGAUGCUAAAACUUAUGCCCAAGAGAAUGGUCUUUUCUUCUUGGAAACUUCAGCAAAGACAGCAGCUAACGUUAACGAAAUCUUCUAUGAGAUAGCAAAGAGAUUGCCGCGGCUGCAGCAGACACCGAACCCGUCAGGCAUGGUCCUCGUGGAUCGACCAACAGAAAGGGCAAACAGUGCUUCUUGUUGUUCUUGAAAAGUCAGGCAUAUACAGACAUCGAAUCGUGUUGUGUCCAUACUAGUGAGAGAUUAAUCGUGUGUGCCCUCCAGAUUUGUACAUGAGUUCAACUUUCUAUAUACACUUCCCAUGUAGUUGAAGAGCCUCUGCUCAAUAUGUUAUUGUCUAACAUGAAAAGUCUGUUUCUUGUA